AUUCUUCUUCGAAGGCUGUUUGCUCUCUAUAACUUCAAAAGAGUGAUCGUGAUUCCCAUGAUGGUAUUAUUUGUCAUGUACGCAUGCAGUACAAUGGGAAUCGCUAUCGCUAUGAGUAUAUAUUCUCAAGCGAAUGAGUAUGUGCUAUUUGAUGUAUGCGAAGAAACAAUUCCGAGCUGGUUCAUUCCAUUCUGGGCUCCAAUCAUGGCCUUCGACUUCGUGAUCAUGGUACUUGCUGGCUUCAAAUCUAUGCAACAUUACUUGCAUGUUCCCGAUAAAACUUGGUCUGGUGCUCGGUUGAUGAAGAUUUUGGCACGAGACUCUUUUGUUUACUUUGCAUGCAACUUCUUUAAUUACUUGGCCAUCACAUUUGUAUUUCACCUCGCACCACCUGAGUUCUUCCAACUAGGAGCAAGCUGGACAAUCGUGAUACCUCCAAUAGCUGCUAACCGCCUGCUUAUAAAUAUGGAACAAUCUCGUUUCAGAGACAUCAACUCCACCACGGACUCGAGCACCAAUGUGGAACCCGAGCCUUCAAAGGGAGUAGAGUUGACACAACGUUGUGCUCAGAGUAGUACCACACUGCUCACUGUUGCAUAA